AUGCUUUACUCAAUGGAGCGACUCAGGAGAAUUCUGGAUGAUCUUAGUUCAGCUGAUGCUACACUAAAGGCUGCAGGGACUGAUCCUCUAGCUCUUGCAGCUGCUGCUACACUACAGGCCCAGCAGGCAGCAGCACUGCAUCAGGCUGCUGCUGGUAGUCUGGCAAAUCAUGCCUUGAUCCCUGGUCUCCUGCAAGGCAUGCAGAGUCUUGCUGCUGGCAUCUCUACUCCCUCCUCCACAAGUAACGUCCCCAUCCCACAUCAGAUAAUGAUGCAGCCAUUGCAACAGAGUCUCCAGCUACAGUCAGCGCUUCUGAGUGCUGCAUCAAAUAACCCAGGACCCCUGAUUGCCGGUUCAGUUCAAUCUCUAGCUGGGCAAACGAACAUCCCUGCUUCCAUUCUCUCUAAUGCUAUCAACAUGGCAGCUUCUCUCUCUAACAGCUCUGCCACCAACUCCAUCCUUGCCAGUUCUGGCCAUCCAUCCAUGUUGAGUGUGAACACGAGUUCCCUGACCAGCAGUCCAGGCCAGCCUCCCCUGGGUGGCCAAGCAGUGCCAGAUGAGCAGGGAAAGAAACGAGAGAUACGUCUCAUGAAAAACAGGUGGGAAGCACAUGGCAGUCUCCUGCAUGACAAAAAACAAUUGUUAAUGUUCCUACCUGGUAGUUUCUCUCUCCCUCCUCUCUCUCACACCGCCCGCCCCUGCAUGUGUGUAUGCGCAUGCGCGAGUAUAACAAGCCACGCCUCUUUAUUUGUCCUGUGCGAUCAUCUCUCUCGUUUCUGGAAAUUCUACCUUCUGGCCUUCUAUAUAGUGACCAUGUCGGCAGGACCUACUGUCAAUAACUUGUUCCCAGCAAUUGCACAGUCCUUUGCAGUCAUCCUAGUUGGAUAUUUGAUAGGUCUCUUUAAAAUCAUCCCUCCUGGAGAGGCCCGUGCCAUAAGUGAACUAGUGGGCAAGCUUGCACUGCCGGCCUUGCUUUUCCAGAACCUUGCCACGCUGAAUCUCGGUGCCAUCGACUGGAGAUUCAUGUCAGGGAUUCUGAUUGCAAAGUUAUCCGUUUUUAUACUUACAGUUAUUCUGACACUAAUCCUAUCACGAAAGAAUGUUGGAAAAGCAGGUCUUUUUGGUAUAUUUACCACACAAUCCAAUGAUUUUGCUCUUGGACUACCCAUUGGUAAGUCUGUUACUGAGGUGCUACAACACGCUGCCUACUGUUUAUUUGCUGAUACAGUUCAGGCAUUGUAUGGACCAGUGUCAGAAGGGGAUCAGUUUAACUAUGCAAGUUACAUGUACUUGCUUGCUCCCAUCUCACUUGUCAUUAUCAAUCCUGUUGGCUUCCUAAUGAUGGAAUAUUGGAAACAAUCUCACAAGAAACCUAUUUCCUUCAGAUAUGUACCUAAACUUCUCUUCAAUACACUGAAAGGGGUGGUGUUGAACCCAAUUGUAUUCAUGACUGCAACUGGCAUUGUCUAUAAUCUGGUAGUUCACUUUGGAGUAUUUCACGGCAGAGAGAGCAGUCAAAGGAACAUUCCACAUUGGUUGGGCGGUUUUCUAACCACUUUAGGAAAUGCUUAUGCUGCCUGCGCUCUUCUACAAAUUGGAAUUUUCAUGGUUGGAAAAGUGAAGAAAACAACUGGGAUGCUUAUCAUCAUUUCAGCUCUGCUGAUUUUUGCUAAAACGAUACUGUUGCCCAUAGUGGCUGAUCGGGUUUUGUAUCUAAUACUUCCUCAUGAGAGUGGUAAUAUCACAGAGUCCCGAAGUAACAUUUCAACGUUUGGAUUCCUGUAUGGAACUUUCCCAACAGCACCGACUGUGUUUGUGUUUUCUAACCAGUACAAUAUUGCCACGGAUGUUGUAAGUUGCUUCUUCAAUUGUUCUCUGUACCUUCAUGUCUGCUCCUAUCAUGCUUGGGUAUACCUUCUGUUCAUCUGUGCUCGAAGAUACCGUUCAUAUUUACAUGUUAUGGUUAUGCACUACAUGGCAGCCUUGAUUUUGGAGGCAGUUGGUGGAUCCUUGCUGGCACUCUUUACAAUGGAACACCAAGUUUACUGGCAAAUAUUUGCAUUCUCCCUGUUCUUCCCCGGUGUACUUGCUAGUCGGAUCUGGACUGCUUGGAUAGCCUUAGGACUAACAUUGCUGCUGUACAAAAGACAGCAGGUAGCAGAAAAGUUGUGGAUACCUCUCAUGCUGUCGGCAUGGGGUGUUCCUAUUGUGGUAACAGUCGUAAUGGUGGUUAUCUGCACAGUGGAUCCCAGCAAACUUCAUGACAGUACAGUGGAUAGCACAUUCUUGUUUGGAAAUGUUGAGCUUGUUGUAUCGGCCAUAACACUACUGUUCAGCUUUAUUGUGGGACUAUUCUUCAUGGUAGCAUCUGCACUGAAGAUAAUGAAUCAAGAGAGAAACAUACCUUCUACUGCAACUAAGCAAAAUGAAAAGGAGAAUUAUAAUGAAAACCACACUCAAAUACCCAAUAGUUACGGAUCAACGAAUAACUUCUUAGAGAGUACCAGGGAACGCAGUUCAAAGGCUUCUGAUAGUAGUUGUUCGCUACAGAGUUUAGGAGGAACCAAGCGUGUUGUUGAAACACGGGAAGAAGUCGAUUCAAGGCUGGAACAAACACCACUGCUUCAAUCAACUUCCAGUGACAGCCACAAAUCUUCCACAAUGCAGUUUUUACUACUACUUCUCUUUUUACUCUUUUCCUGCCUUGUGGGUAUUUUAAUUGUUUUAUGGAAGCUGAUCAGUGGGGAAAUUAGUGGCAUAUUCAUUGGUGUCAAUGUUCUUGACACAACUACAAAUUUUGGUCAGGGAUUUUUUGUAUUCAUUGUUUUUGGAUUUGAAAGACAUUGGUUCUGGAUGGCUCUGUACAAGAGAGUUCGUCGGAUACUCUUCAAGAUUGAAAGUGUGCACAUUCCUGUGGAAUCAGACUUAUCUUCAACUGUAAAAGCACUUUGUUUGGAGUUCAAGCAGCAACAUCUUGCUGAAUGCAGGCAUGCCAUUGAGUCUGAUAAACGGUAUGAAGACACGUUAUUAAUUGUAACCCUCGGCGCGCAUGCGCAGCGAGGGUUAACUGUAAUUGUGGUGUGUGUGCGUGUCUGUCUGUCUGUCCGCGAG